CUUUGUUUAGGCCUUUUGAAAUCCCUUCUUCUUGUGUAAAAAGAACAAAAAAAAAAGAAACAAAACCCCAAUAAUAAAAUGCUUCUGCGCUAUUUUUAACCAAAUCAAGGUCCCAUUUUUAAGAGUCGCUUUCUGCUUGUUUGCUGCUUAUCAAAAAGACAGCUUUCAAACCGACAACCGACAAUAACAAUGAUCGUUCGCCACGCCAAGAAAAACCUGAUCGGCCUUACUCUGGAACAAGUUAAACAUGAACUCCAGGCCGCACCAACAGUUAAACCUUAUACAGCACUGCAGAUCUGGCAACACAUGUAUCGUCAUGGCAGCACUUCAUUCCGCACUAUGACCAACCUGCCAACCACGUUGCGAGAUCAUUUACACUCCCAUUACACACUCGACUAUGGCCAUGUCCAGUCGGAUCAAACGUCUGUUGACGGCACACGCAAAUGGCUGGUUGGAUUCAACGAUCCUCGAGCUGUUGUGGAAUCGGUGCUUAUUCCCGAACCAAAACGACACACCCUCUGUGUUUCGUCCCAAAUCGGCUGUUCUUUGCGGUGCAGCUUUUGUCACACCGGCACACAAAAGCUUCUGCGCAAUUUGACAGCGGGUGAAAUUGUUGGGCAGGUCAUGCUUGCUGCUCACGGCGUGCGUCAAUUUGAACAACAGGGACAAAAUAGUAUCACCAGAAAAAAGUUGCUUUCGCAUAUGGUGUUUAUGGGUCAAGGCGAACCGCUGUAUAAUCCUCGACAGGUCUUUCAAGCCAUCCAGGUAUUAACCGAUCGGCAAGGAUUGCAAUGGCCAAAGCAAAAAAUCACCGUUUCCACAUCCGGUGUCGUUCCGCUGAUACCUAAGAUUUCUGAAUUAGGCGUAGCGUUGGCGAUAUCGUUGCAUGCGACUCGGAAUUCUCUACGGGAUGUACUGGUGCCUCUCAACAAGACCUUUCCAAUGGAAACGCUCAUGGAUGCAUGUACGCAAUAUGCCCGAGAUUCAAACGGCCAGCGUAUUACUUUUGAAUACGUGAUGCUUGAUGGUGUCAAUGAUUCUAUGGGUGAAGCCCGAGAUCUUGUGAAGCUGUUGAAGCAACUCCCCGCUCACGUCAACCUCAUACCUUUCAACCCAUGGCCUGGCAGCAUCUACAAGACGUCCAAGCCAGAACAAGUAGAAAGAUUUGCCGAAACAGUGCAGAAUGGCGGAAUUUACUGCACUGUACGAAGACCCAGGGGUCAAGAUAUUCUAGCUGCGUGUGGACAACUGCGUAGUAGUGAGGAACGGAAAAGGGCUACUGCUGCUGCUGCUGCGUUAUAAUGCAAAAUGAGCAUGCAUCAUGUAAUCACAUCAUCAUCCUUAUAUGCACACAUCUGUCUUUAUCUUUUUCUCAGACCCGGCCUAUCAUAGUAGCAAUCAGGGAUCCAAACUCAAAUCUCUCUUACUUAUAUUAUACGCUAUAUUACCCGUUUUUGCAUGAAGAAUCUUUUGUAUAUUCCUUUAAUUUUAAUCUUGCCAUGUACCAACAGAAAAUAAUGA